CCUCCCCUAGACCCAGGGGUUCAGGCCCCAGCCCUCCUCCCUUAGACUCUGCAGUCGGGCCCCUUUAGGGCAGCUGCCACCUGCAGUCCCCUUCCUUUUUCCAGAACCCGCCCUCUGCUCCCUCCUGGUUCCGCCCCUACCUGGAGCCUUUCCCCGCCUCACCCCUCCAUCUCAGGCUAUCCGAGAGACCCACGGCUGCGAUGGCAUCCCCGCGAGGAUGGCAGUGGGGAGAGUCACGCGCGUUCGGCCGCGCAGUGAAGCUGCUACAGCGUUUGGAAGAGCAAUGCAGGGACCCCAGACUGGUUAUGGGGCCCCCGUCGCUACGGGUCCUGCUGCCCCGCACCGCUCAACUACUUCGAGAAGUGGCAAAAGCCCGGCGCGAGGCUCGGGGAGACCCCGAGGGUCCCGGCGGCGCUGGGGAUUUUUUGGUCAUCUACCUGGCCAAUCUGGAAGCCAAAGGCAGGAAGGUGGCCGAGCUGCUGCCACCCCGAGGCAAAAAGGAUGCAAACGAGGAGGUUUUCCGGGAGGGCUCCAGAUUCAGGCGACAGCUGGCCAAGCUGGCCCUCAUCUUCAGUCACAUGCACGCGGAGCUGAGUGCACUCUUCCCUGGGGGGAAGUACUGUGGACACCUGUACCAGCUCACUAAGAGCUCUGCCCACACCUUCUGGAGGGAACACUGUGGAAUCCGGUGCGUGCUUCCCUGGGCAGAGUUCCAGUCCCUGCUGUGUACUUGCCACCCUGUGGAACCAGGCCCCAUCAUGCAGGCCUUACGUUCUACCUUGGACCUCACCUGUAGUGGCCACGUGUCUGUCUUUGAGUUUGACAUAUUCACCAGGCUCUUCCAGCCAUGGCCGACCCUACUCAAGAACUGGCAGCUCCUGGCUGUUAACCACCCUGGCUACAUGGCCUUCUUGACCUAUGAUGAAGUCCAAAUGCGCCUGCAGGCCUGCAGGGACAAACCAGGCAGCUACAUCUUCAGGCCCAGCUGUACUCGCCUGGGGCAGUGGGCUAUUGGGUACGUGAGUCCCGAUGGAAGCAUCCUCCAGACCAUUCCUCUCAACAAACCCCUCUUUCAGGUGCUCCUGAAAGGACAAAAAGAUGGCAUCUUCCUCUACCCCGAUGGAAAGAAGCACAACCCAGAUCUGACCGAGCUGUGCCAGGCAGAACUCCACCAGCGCAUUGAGGUAUCAGAGGAGGAACUGCAGCUUUAUGAAGCCAUGAACUCCACAUUUGAGCUGUGCAAGAUCUGUGCGGAGAGGGACAAGGACGUGAGGAUCGAGCCUUGUGGGCACCUUCUCUGCAGCCACUGCCUGGCUACCUGGCAGCAGUCGGAUAGCCAGACCUGUCCCUUCUGCCGUCGUCAGAUCAAGGGCCACGAGGCUGUGAGUAUCUGUCAGGCGCAAGAGAGGUCUGUGGAGUUCAGAGCCACUGCAGAGGACACCAGAGACAACUGUCACCACGAGGCUGCGUGGAAUCUGGAGCCGGUAGCCUGCACAGCGCCCCCUGCUGAACACUUUGAGGAAGUAGUCCACAGCGGAACUCCUCUGUCUCCUUCAGGCACCCCUCACCCUGCCCAGACUCCGAGCUCCCCUUCCUUUAUCAAAAAUGGCCUCGGUUAUGUGGGAGGUCCCCACCAGGCCCCAGGCCAGGGAGGGGGCCACAGGCUCCUAAACGGGAAUGCACCCCUCCAGCUGGCCCUGUGUGGCCCCCAGAUGUAUCCAAGAUCUAGAGGCCAGGGCACCUGGACUGGAGGAAGGGAGCCCUGGGGCUGGAAGGGGUGAUGAAGCUGAAAUAAAGUGAAUCCUGGCCCUUCA